AUGAUGCUCCCAGCAGUUGCCACCUUGCUUGCCGUCGCGAGUCUCGCGGCUGGCCAAAUCACGAUGACAACCUACACAAUCGAAAAUUGCUUCACAGCCUAUGAACGGGGCCCAGUCAACAUCACAAGUGUGCCAACCUCGGUAACCGUUAGAACAGCUACCGGCAAUGGAUUCGCACGGGGAAUCAUCACGCCUGUAGUGACUGUGACUCCAGCCAUUAGCACCGAGACAACAACGUCAGUGUCAACUAAUACCGUGCGCUUCACCGCACCCACUGAGGCCUUGACAUCGGGAAUUACAACUGUCACUACGACAUUCACCAUCUCGUCAAUCAUCUCUUCCAUCUCCACAUUUACCAGCGUUGUAUCAGUCAACUCAACCAUCACCAACACCCCCACGACGACGAUCCCGACGCAAGCAGGCUUCACUCCGGUAUCAGUCGACCUCGCAUCGUGGGGACAUGUCCCCAGCCGGAAGAAGCAGAAGCAGAAGAAGAGAUGGGGAGCGCUAAACGCGCGCAACGUCUUUGACAGGAUGAUGCUCGAAGCCCCUGAAGCUAGUCGCGGCAGCAACAACAGAUGUUUGUUCAAGCACCUGGAAGCGCAGUCACCCCUUGAGACCGGCAUUAGCCUUUACCCGCCUCUCUUUCCCGUGUCUGUCAACUGCACGCAGACGGUGCGCAUCGACACUGUCCGCGUGUACCCCAAGCAAGGCACCAUCACGUCAACCAUCACAGCGCAGGCAUCAACAACUACGUCAACCGCGACAUCUGCUGUAACAACGACGACGACUAUUGGCUCACAGCGAGUCAAUGCCCUCUUGACGUUUACAUCGGCUGUCACGACUGUGGUAUCAUCCACGACCAUCUCAGUGUCUACCACUUUCUCCACCCUCACCAAUACCUUCACUGCCAAUGCGCCUGUCGCCACCGUGUUCGCUGCCUGCGCCGCCAACAACACCAUCAGCCGCGUGAACGGCAACCCGAUCGCGGCCGGUGCGCAGGAUUUGCUCGUGCUUACGGUCGCGGAUAAUCCGACGGACUGCUGCGAGUUGUGUCAAAUCACGUCCAACUGCACCACGUCUGCUUUCUACGACGGCACGGGUGACUGCAUGCUCGGAAACGGGACGGGACCCGGGACCAACGAGUUCUUCACCACUGACGCUGAGGAUGAUAUUAUCUUCUACAUCUCCAACGGAAAGGGAAACCCAAGUGGAAACUGGUAUUUUGGAGGACUGCUGUCUUGA